AUGCAGCUGACGCUGGAGGCGCUGUUGUCUGGUGUGAGGCGCAUGACGCCCUUGCGGGAGCAAGCACUUCUCGAGCCAGAGGACAGCUCCUCCUCGGACUUUGUCGAGUCGCCCGAGGGGGAGUCUUCGCCGGAGGUCUCCGACUCCGAUGGGGGAAACACGUCGAGUGGCGCCGACGACCGGCGCGGAGCUGGCGAGGCGUCUCCGUCCCUCACUGUGACGUCGGGUGCCUCCGGAGAGCUCGACACCACUCGAUGGAUUUACUGGCAGAAGGGAAAAAGUGCCUCAAGCAAAACAAAGCAUGCCGCGUCUGGUAAAUCCUAUGCUGCUUCAAAUCAGCGCAUCACUAUGCAGCUGACGCUGGAGGCGCUCUUGUCUGGUGCCAGGAGCAUAACGCCCUUGCGGGCGCAAGCACUUCUCGAGCCAGAGGACAGCUCCUCCUCGGACUUUGUCGAGUCGCCCGAGGGGGAGUCUUCGCCGGAGGUCUCCGACUCCGAUGGGGAAAACACGUCGAGUGGCGCCGACGACCGGCGCGGAGCUGGCGAGGCGUCUCCGUCCCUCACUGUGACGUCGGGUGCCUCCGGAGAGCUCGACACCCCUGGGGUGCUUGCUGCUGGUCCGAGCUCGCCUGCUUCCUCCCCGGCAUCGGUCGGGUCACGCCGGUCCUUGGGCAUUGCCGCGGCGUCGCCGCCGUCACGGGCGGCUACCACUGACUUGGCUACCGCUGACUCGGAGGCUAGCGAGGAGGACUACCUCGAGCGGUACCGUGUUCCCGUGUCCAGCCUCCCUCCGUCCGCUGCCCCAGGCGGACCCCAGGGCAGCGCCGGCUCCUUGUCGGCGGCUGCCCUUUCUCCGUCCGCGGGCCGCCCGCUUUGUGGCGGCAGCGGACGUCUCGACUGA